AUGUUUUCUUUGGAGUUUGCGAGCGGCCGCCCGCUUGGCAGUGCACCAUAUUACUCCCUCGUUGUCCGGGAGCCGUACAUUGUCGGCAGGGAUCGCAGCUCUGACAUUGUGUUAGACCACGGCGACAUUGUGACGAGGCAUGCCUCGUUGACCGUGAUGCGUGAGAGCCAGGCGCUGGAGCAGCAGCAGAAGCGGGUACUUCGUCACGGGGCAAAUGGGAACGACGAUGGCGUGAAGGAAUUGGAGGAAAACAGCGGCGAAGUCGCGGGCAGUUUUCUCAACGACACGCGGGAGGAGACGAGUGACGUGGUGUCGCUGGGCCACCCCGAGAUGGAUGGGCUGCGCGACGGGAGGGGCGAGCACGGUUCCGAAGGCAUCGACGAGGAGGAGGAGAAGAAGAGGGAGAAGCGGGCGGAGUUGUCGCCGGGCCAAUUGCAGGGGAACGACCCACUUGUGCUGCGCUUAGUGAACCUCCGUGAGGGCGGUCACGUCCUGGCGAAUGAGACGGAGGUGGAGGAUCACCCGGUGUACCUCGCAGAUGGCGCGCAGCUGCAGUUUGGCGCCCACAUUCGUCUUCGUAUCCGCUUUCGCCCACUUCUUGUGAGCAUCGCUCGCAACGCCUUCAGUUCCGACCACGUGCGGGAGUUGGAGUUUAUGUACUACCGCCUGGGCGCCACGUUAACAGGGCAGAGCGGACCCACGCCGCAUCUUGACAUGCCGCAGCCAAUCAGCAAGCUACAUUGUGUGGAGGCUAUCAAUGACGACCCGUUGUGCCUUAUGGCGCUCGCAAGUGGCUACUCCAUCGUGCAGCCCACGUAUGUGUUUGAGUGGUUUGCCGCCCUCGCGCAGAGUGCCUCAUCGCCGCUCACCGUUCUGCCACCACCAGUCCGCUUUGAGGUGCCGGUCCAAUACCGUGGAGCAACGGCUGCACACGCGGCUUUUUAUCUCCGGCCGGAAUCAGACGUCUGCCCUUUCCCCUUGUACCCUAUUCCAACCACAGCCACACGAAAGCGCUCACGUGACGCGUUGUUCAAAGGGAAGAGCUUCUGUUUUUUAACGAACGCGGUGGAACACCGUUACAAGGAGCCUGUGCAGACCUGCGGUGGAGAGGUGCUUCAUUUGGAGGAUAUUGUGGUCAUCAAGAAGGAGACGGCCGCGGCCACAGCGAAGAAGACAACGGCAACCACGACGACAGAAGGUGGCGAUGCGGUUAAUGAAGAUCAUGAGGUCCAUUUUGCGGAGGACGACAACCCCACCACGAAAGAAAAGGAAGAGGAGGAGAGUACGGCAGCCAUGCAGUACGUUGUGGUGGAUGCGGAGACGGAGGCGGCGAUGCGGCGUCAAGAGCACCACUCUUUAGAUGGUCUCCGGAGGCUCCUAGACGACACCCAUCGCACUGGCAUUGCGGUUCCUAUUAUCGGCGAGCGAAGCCUCUUUCACGCGCUUCUCACCAAUCGCUUCACCGCUUUUGAGGUUUCUUUGCCCGCCGCCACCGAUGCCAUUCAACCCGGCAAUCAGCACCCAAUUAACGGGGAAAACGUAGCAGCGGGUAUCGAAUACGCCGGCGGUGAGAGUGAGGUCCCUACAAGCGCGACGGGGUUGGAAGCGCGUGCCAUCAACUUCUUGACAGACCCCACGAAGGGGGUGUUGCAACCGCGUCAACGGGGGGAGCUUCAUGUCCGCACGCUCUCGCCAAGUCUGAACCGCAGAAGGGAAUACGUAACGGAUGACUUGACGAAAUCCCAACGCCGUGGGCGAAGUCGACAAUCGGCACCACGAGCGUUGCCGGCAGUCGAUCUUUUUGAGGCGCUUCGUCACAGGGUGCGUGCGUUUGUUCUUAAAGAGGGGUCAAAGCUCCAGGAGAACCUGGCGGGUUCGUGGCGGAACCUUUUUGUUGACCCAGAGGUGCUGGAGCACGCGCACGCGUGUCAGAGCCAUUCGGUGCGCUACCUGGAGAAAAUGGAAUAUCUCCUGCCGGAGAUUGGCGAGCACCCGCGCAUCGCCAGUGAUAUGCGCCGCUGCCAGCGGGACUGUCACGAGAUGUUGCGCACUGCGCAGGAGAUUGUGGAGCUCGCCAAGUACGCCUCACAACGUUGCCAACACCCUGGCCGCCCACGUCGCAUGUCUGCAAACGGCGCAAUAGUCUAUCCAUCUGCAGGCCUCAUGGGCGGCUGGAUGCCAAUACGUUCUUCGCCGUCGGAUGCGGAGAAGCUGGACACAGAACUUCGUGAACCAUCGCCUCUGUUGCGAGGCGGGAGGCAAUGGAUGUUUCAGCAAGGCGCCAAUUCAUUGCCCAUCACGCCCCGGUCGAGCCGUGGAAAGGACGCUAAAAAAUACCGAGCCCUGCUGGCAACCGACACCCGCGCUGCCCCCACCAACGACCGGGCCAGUAACCAGACGGAUCUUUCCGCCCCGGCGCUUGACGCAGCGACACCCUGCGGCACGGAGAGUACACCGCGGCCAGCACCAGUGUUUUACCUGUCACGACGCCUCUCGAAUAUGGUUUCGCCCUCCACCAUCCGUGCGCAAAAUGCCGCGUGGCGCAGUCCGCGACCCACGUCUAGGCCGUCACAACGGGAGCCGCGGCAGCCAACAGAGACACGGGAGGAAUUUCAUGGCGUGUCACGGGACACAGCAACCGCACAGGCUUCAUUGUCGAAGCGCACCCCCGUGACGCACCCAACGCCUCGCGGGGUUAAAAGCAGCAAAAAAACCGAUGUACAAAUGCCACCUUCUGCGCGUGUGCCUCUUUCGCAGGAGUACUCACUGCCGGUGCGACGAGGUUCACAUGGCAUUAGCCCUCUUCGGUGGCAGCACCUGCAGCGCACACCCCGGCCACGUCAUCCACGCAGCGCACGUUGCGGAUCGCCUGUGCUUGUCACGAAGUCUACUGGCCGCCGUCAGCAUGUGCGGAUGGAGAAGUCAUGA